GCUUGGAUUGCAAGGGAUACCCUCCAUUUUAGUCAGAGAAGUGAUGAUGUUGAUGAGAGUCUCAUCAUCAUCAGCGACCUUUUCCUUUGUCUGUUUCAAUACUGACUAGUAAAGGUGCCUAAAUUCCACUUUGAUCUCUCUAUCAGCUCCUCUCCUUCCCAUCUUCAGUUCUUUUUCUGAGAAAGUUGGGUCUGAGUUUCUGCUGCUAAAAUUGGCUGUUAACUGUGCUACAAGGAUUUUGUGUCCUGAGCUCGUAAGAAAAAGCAUUCCUGGAGAAGGUUUCUGGCUGUAAUCAUGUUUAUUAGUCCACCUAUGACCACAAAAGAUCAGAAGGAAAAACCAAAUUUCCUUCUUGAGGUUGCUAACACAGAAAAGCAGUUUUGGUUAUUAAUCCAUUCCAAAGGUUUAUUGCAUUCUGAUGUUCAGGAAUUGUACCGUAAAAUCUGCUCAAGUUAUGAGAAAAUUAUUCUAAGUGAUUAUGAACUGACAGAACUUCAAAAUGUUGAGUAUUCAUUGUGGAAGCUUCACUAUAGGCACAUUGAUGAGUUUCGUAAAAGAAUGAAGAGAAUCUCUGCUGAAUCGGAGAGUACAAUGCAUGCAAUUUCACAAAAUGAUGUUAAUGCCAACCAUAUAGAAGGAUUUAAGACAUUUCUGCUGGAAGCAGCUGAAUUCUACAAAGAUUUGAUUGUAAAAAUCAGGAAUCACAAUGGUCUUCCCAAAGAGUCUUCCAUUCCUAGGAGGGGUGGCAUCUCUAUUGAACCAAAGAAAUUGCAGAAGUGCGAAUUCUUAUGCCAUCGUUUCUUAGUUUGUCUAGGGGAUCUUGCUAGGUAUAGAGAACAAUAUGAAAAAUCUAGUGUCCAAAAUCCUGAUUGGUCAGUUGCAGCCACCUACUAUUUGGAAGCUACAAUGAUUUGGCCAGAAAGUGGAAACCCACAAAAUCAGUUGGCAGUAUUGGCAACUUAUGUUGGCGACGAGUUUCUUGCUUUAUACCACUGUGUAAGAAGUUUAGCAGUUAAAGAACCUUUCCCUGAUGCCUGGAAUAACCUGAUUUUAUUGUUUGAGAAGAACAUAUCAUGUUCAUUGCCUUCUCUUUCAAGUAAGACUCAGUUUGAUUUCUUAAAACCAUCCAAGCGAAGCUACGAGCCUACCAGAGAUCAUGAUUCUUCGAAUUGUUAUCCAUUAAAAGGUGAACAUGAUGGCAGGGCAGAAACAAAUUUGUGGUCACUUAUUAUCAGAACACUGAGUUUCUUCUUCCUAAAAUCCAGCUUAGAGGACUUCCCUUCUGCUUUUGCAUCUACCUUGAGAGAGUUGGACAUGGUGAUAGCAGCAGAUGAUGCAAAACUAGGAGCUGAGCUGGAAUCCUAUCAGCUUAUGGAUUCAACCAGAAGAGGUCCCUUUCGGGCCCUUCAAGUUGUUGCUAUAUUUAUCUUCAUCUUCCAUAAUCAAGUUGACAGCCAUGAAAUUGAAGGGAAAGAUAACGUAAAGAAUGCACAGCAUCUUGAGUUGACACAGUCGGCAUUGACAGCUACAUUCGUUUUCAUGGGACGCCUUGUGGAAAGAUGUUUGAAGGCAAAUCCGGUGCUCUGUUGCCCUCUAUUACCCACUGUGCUUGUUUUUGUGGAGUGGUUGGUGAGCAUUCUUGAUACAGCUGAAGAAUAUGGGGUGGAUGAGAAAACUAAAAGUGCCAUGGCUUAUUUUUUCGCUGCUUUUGCUGACCUUUUAAAGCAGUUGAAUGUUCAGGCUGAAAUUUCAUCUCAUGAAAGAACUGCAUUGUGGGAAGACUAUGAGUUGAGAGGCUUUGCACCCUUAGCUCAACUGCAUGUUUCAUUGGAUUUCACGUGGGAACAUAGGGAUAGUUACUAUGAAACUGAAAGUGGAAAAAAAUGCCGGUCUCACCGCAUCAUUGAUGCUGCAAAGAAGAUUGCAACCAGAUCAAAUGGUUCCCAUAAAUGGAUCGCUUAUGAUGCUCCUAGAAGAAUAUUUUACAUGGCAGAGGCAAAUGUGACUUCAGGCAGAGAAGAAACAGAAAAUGCGGACCCAGUCAAAUUUAACGUAAAAGUUGAAGGGUUGCACCAUAAUAGCUGUGUAGACUCAAAAGGUGAGGCAGAUAUUCCAAGUGAAAACUUAAGCAAUAACACUCUGAAUGGGAAAUCUGAUGCAGUUGAGGAGGAAGAAGUCAUUCUCUUCAAGCCUCUCACUAGAUAUAAUUCAGCCCCACUUUAUACUUCUACUAAUGGAAGAGACCCUGCCUCUCCAAAAGAAAAGGAGGAUCAAACAGUUCCUUCUGAUGAAUGUUUGCGCCGUGCAACAUCACUACUUAUAGCCCAAAAUCAAGCUCAUGGCUAUCCUUCAGAUUUUCAUUCUGACAUAUCCAAUUUCAGGCGUGGCAAGACACUCAAGCAGCAGGAGCCUCUUGUAAAAGAUACAACACAGCAGUCAUUUUCAGAAGGCGUCAUCUCUGCUGGACCACCAUCCUUCAAUGCUUGGGUCCUAAAUAGGGUCCUAAAUAGAGUAAGUUACAGUAAUGAUAGGGAAAAAGUAAAAAGUGAAAAUAGACAGAGCUUGAGCCCUAUUGAAGAAAUGGCUUCCGAAUGCUUGAAUGGUCUCUCCAUAUGUGAAACUGAAGAUUCUGUUACUUGCUCAAAGCCUGAAGCUUCGACUAACUAUUAUUCAUCUUCUGUCCCUUCUGCCCCAUUGUUGCCAGAUAAUGCUUCUUGGUUUAGUGGUGUUCAGUCUAGUUUUUCUGAAGCAAAGAAUUUGGGGUGCAUUAACAAAUCAGAGAAUUUCUACAAUGCAGCACAGAUAAGUGGCUAUUCCAACUGGACUGCAAAUUGUCAACUUGAUUAUGGUCCUCCUAUUCCAGGUUUCAUGGAGAAGUUCCCACCAUUUUCUGGAAUGACUUCUUCUGAAUGGCUUCGUCAGUAUAGAGAAAGUCGCAAUAUUGAGCGAGCCAAUAGCCAUGCCUGGCCAGGGAACUAUUAUCCUGCAGGGAACCCCAGAAACUUUCCUAGUUCCCCAUUUGGUCUUUUUGAUCAAUAUGGAAUUCCUUCUGUUCCCAACACAAUGAUGUACAAUGAACCCCCACCAUUGCAUCCGGGAUUUUCCCAUGUUUACGGUAUGGAUGAACAGAGAAAGGAGAAGCUGUUCCAUGGUUACCAAAGACCAAGCCCUUUUGUUUGUGGUGCUGUCACUGAACUCAGAGAUGAUCCACAGCCGCUUUUGCAGUAUCUGAAGGAGAAAGAAUGGCUACGCCAACAGGAUCCAACCCUAAGUAACCACAGGUACAUGGGAAAUUAAAACUUGUGUAUGAAAUUGUUGAUACAAGCAUUUACAUUCCCAGAACUCCUAUUCCAGUUGUUUAAAGAAGCUUGCAAUUCUGUUUGCCUGUGCAUAUCUAUAUCUGUGUGUCAAGAAAUUUCAUUUUCUUGUUUCCAAUAAUGUAAUGUUAAACGA